AUGAAAGUGAGAUCGUCCUUUCUAAAAUAUCUGCAUUUGCACAAGAGUUAUAGUUUGCUCACUUGUAAAAACGUCGCUUUAGUUCUGGAAUAUUUCAAACUCUUGGAUAUUCACGAUGAAAACGCCAUCAACGAUAUACAAUUCUAUGCAUUUAUGCGGCUACAGACGAAUCUUAGCAAGAAUAAUAUUUACAAAGUGUUUGAUAUGUUAGACGUUGACGGAUCGGGCCAGAUUGAUUUUGACGAAUUUUAUCUUCUGAUCUGCAUUUUGAUAUCUAUUCAGGACAGCGAAGAAAAACAGUUUAUUUACCGGCACUCCAGGACUGUAUUUGAACUUCUGGAUGAGGAUGGAAGUCAGAGCGUCUCGGCUGUCGAAUUUGAGUCAUUUGGAUUUUUAUUCAACUUUUAUGGGACUGCUGUUAAUCAGAUAUUCAGUGAUUUUGAUGUUUCAGGUGACCAGGAGCUAGACUACAAAGAAUUUAAAAUGUUUGCGAUGGCUUGCAUAGACAGACAGAAUGAGCUUGAAGAAUUGAAACAAGCCAAAUUGGAGAGAAGACGGCGUCGGUUACAGGAAAAAAUACGACUGGCUGCCGAACGAGAACAAAACAGAACAAGGCAAAUGGCAUUCUGCAUAAUUCUAUGA